AACAUUCAGUUGAAGCAAAAUGAGAGGCUCAACUAUGUUUCACCUUCUUCUUUCGUCAUUUCUGCUCUGCUGCUUCCUACAGCUGCAGCAACCUGCCCAUGCCAUUAAAAAGUCGUACGUUGUAUACUUGGGAUCACAUUCUCAUGGUCCAAAACCUUCCUCUGCUGAUAUGGACGUUGCCACAAGUUCCCAUUAUGAUUUGCUUGCCUCUGUCUUAGGAAGCCAUGAGAGGGCCAAAGAAGCCAUGUUUUACUCUUACAACAAACACAUCAAUGGCUUUGCUGCAUUGCUUGAAGAUGAAGAAGCAGCAGACAUCAAAAAAAAUCCAAAAGUGGUGUCGGUGUUCCCGAGUCAAUCACAUCAACUGUACACAACCAGGUCAUGGGGCUUCCUGGGACAAGAAAGAAAUGGAAGAGUUAGAGCUGACUCCGCUUGGGUCAAAGGAAGGUUUGGUCAAAAUGUGAUUAUCGGCGGUGUUGAUACCGGUGUUUGGCCUGAAUCCGGAAGCUUCCGAGAUGAUGGAUAUGGCCCCAUUCCGAAAAAGUGGAGAGGAGGAUCAAAAUGCGAGCUGUACAGUUUGUCAGGCCGAUCUAACAUAACUCUUUGCAACAGGAAGCUGAUUGCAGCACAAACGUUCUCCAAAGGCUAUUUGAUAAAACACGGAAGUCUAGGGUCAUCAAGUGGCAUCGGCGCUCGUGACAUCGUCGGACACGGAACUCAUACUUUGUCGACGGCCGGUGGCAACUUCGUUCGGAACGUAAGUGUUCUCAACAAUGGGAAUGGAACGGCCAAGGGAGGAUCUCCAAGAGCUCGUCUUGCUGUUUACAAAGUCUGCUGGGGUUCUCAUACUUCUGAAGAUUGCACUGAUGAAGAUUUGAUCUCUGCUUUUGACCAAGCUAUUAAUGAUGGCGUUGAUGUGCUCUCUGUCUCAAUGGGUAAAAAUGCCGUCCCAGAUGUUAACGAGAUGUUGACAAAUGGGAUCUCCAUAGGAUCCUUCCAUGCAAUUUCCAGAGGAAUCAUAGUUGUUGCCGCUGCCGGUAAUUCAGGCCCAAAACUUGAGACCGUCUCAAAUGUGGCGCCUUGGAUCUUCACUGUUGCUUCUGGCUCCAUUGACAGGGAAUUCAGCGAUAAUAUUACUCUUGGUAAUGGCCAAACCAUUAGGGGGACAAGUCUUGCCUCAAACUCGGCAUCUCAGACGUUAACUCCUGUCGUAUUUGGUGGCAACGCGAGGCUUCCUAAUGCAACAUUUCAAAAUGCUCAGCUUUGUAGACCAGGAACACUUGAUCCUACAAAAGUAAGGGGUCGCAUAUUGAUAUGCCAAAGAGGAAGGAGCCUAAGGCCUGUGGACAAGGGCGCAGAAGCGGUGCGUGUCGGCGCAUUGAAAAUGAUUUUGAAAAAUGAUCCGGCAUUGAAUACAGCUACAGCUGAUGCUCAUGUUUUAGAUGCUUCCAAUGUUCCUUUUAGUGCUCCUAAGUUGUCAGAUCCAAAUCAUUCUUGGGACUACUUCGGCAACAAGAACCCAGUUGCAUUCUUGAAUAAUGCAAAAACAUUUAUACCUAUAAGGCCAGCACCAAAAGUUUCUGCAUUCUCAUCGAGAGGACCCAGCUUGGUUCUGCCAUCAAUCCUCAAGCCGGAUGUAACUGCACCAGGUCAAGAUAUAAUUGCUGCUUAUUCAACUGCUGCAAGUCCUACCAACCUGGAUUCAGAUGUAGGACGUCGCUUUGACUAUAAUGUACUAUCCGGAACUUCUAUGUCAUGCCCUCAUGUUUCUGGCAUUGCUGGUCUUGUUAAAAAUCGUCAUCCUAAUUGGAGUCCUGCAAUGAUCAAGUCAGCAAUCAUGACCACAGCAAGCACACUGGAUAACACCAAUAGACCAAUCAAGGAUGAACAAGAUGGUCGCAUAGCAACUCCAUUUCAUUAUGGCACAGGAUAUGUCAAACCCAACCUUGCAAUGGACCCUGGACUUGUUUAUGACCUCAGAACUCCCGAUUACCUCAAUUUGUUAUGUUUUUCUGCUUACGAGGAAAGAAUAAUUGAAGCCAUUAAUUAUAAUAGGCCAUACAAAUGUCCAAGGUCUUACAGAAUACAAGAUUUCAACUACCCUUCUAUCACUUUGCCUUUUCUGGGUGUGAAACCUGUCAAUGUUACUCGUGUAGUAACAAAUGUUGGGCCCCCAAGCACAUAUACUGUCAAUGUCAAAGCACCAAGAGGGUUCAAGGUUGUUGUUCUCCCUACAACUUUGACCUUUCAGAGGACAAACCAGAAGAAGAGCUAUAUGGUUAUUUUGCAGGCAACACGUUCAGCCAAGACUUCAGAGCCUUCAUUUGGAGAGUUGGCUUGGACUGAUGGCAAGCACAAAGUGAGAAGUCCUAUAGUAAUCCCUCAACAUGUGAAAAUGGCUAUGUAGAUUUCAAUGUUUCCAAUCCACUGUGUUUGUGUG